UGCGUGCGAUUCGGCUUGGGUGUUGGUUUGAGGGGAACGCUCGCUUGGCAGGCUUCGGUGGGUCUGGGUUCCUGGUCGCAGAGGCUGUGGUUGGCUCGGUGGAAGAGGUUCUAGAUCCCAGGGUGUGAGGUAUUCUCAUCUUUUUUGUGUGUUUCAUCAUCUGUAGUCUUUACCAGCAACUGUGGUUUAACCAGUGUGAUACAGAAGAAUCAUUAACUAGGAGAAAAUGUCAAAUCUGAAAAUGAAAGAGGCAGCCCUUAUCUACCUUGACAGAAGUGGAGGCCUCCAAAAGUUUAUAGAUGACUGCAAAUACUACAACGAUUCAAAACAAAGUUAUGCUGUCUAUCGAUUUAAUAUUUUAGUAAAUCCCUCUGAUAUUGUUGAAUUGGAUGCUGAACUUGGAAAUCAUAUUUUACACAAGCCUUUAAAAGCUGCUCAAGUUUUUCAAUCAGUCUGUUUUACUGCUGUUAAGACUCUGUCAUUAAUUGGACAAUUACAGACUGAAACUCAAAUUAAUAUAGUGCUGAAGUUAACACAUUUACCUCCUCUACGAAGUUAUAUUCUUGAUCCUUGUGAGUUUCCACUUGAUUAUGCAUCUCAAAGAUUUUAUAUGAUGCAAGGAAUUGUGAUUGCAAUGACAACUGUAACCAAGUAUACACAAGGUGCAAGAUUUCUUUGUUCAGAUGAAGCAUGUCCUCUUUCAAAAGGAUUUCAGUAUAUAAGAGUGCAUGUGCCUGGUGCUACAGAAUCUGUAACAGUAAGAAAUGACUUUUUGUGUAAUCUAUGUUCAUCUUCACUUCAAGAAGACAGAAAAUUUAGAGUACUUGGUGAUAAACAGAUAGUUGAAAUAAUCACAGCAAAGGCACUUCAUGCUUUUCGAGGAUAUUCUAAGAACCAGCCAUUUAGGUUUCAGUCUCUUACAAUUUUUCUAAGAGAUGAAUCAGUGAGUAAAAUGAAUAUAGGAAAUGAGUAUAAAAUUAUUGGAAUUCCAACCUGUGUAAAAACUUCACAAACUGCUGUUUGUAUAGAGGCAAAUAGUAUCAUUUCUUGCAACCCAAAAGUUCCCUCAGGAAUUAGCGACAAUUUCAGGUAUCUUCUCUCUUUGACUUCCAGCUCAUGCUGGAAGUUUACAGCAAUACUUGCCAAUAUCUUUGCAUCACAAAUUGUUCCUCCUGGGACUUACAAUUUACUCAAGCUCUGUUUGCUGAUGAGUCUAGUACAGACAAGUGACCGUAACAAGGAACUGAAAGAUUGCCUGGAUAUUUUAAUUAUAACAAGUGAUACUCUACUUGUAGACAGGCUUUUGAAUUUUAGUAUAAACCUUGUGCCCCGUGGUAUACGUCAUCUCGUCUCUACUGAAAUUUUUCCUACUCUAUCCAGGAAUAAGUAUGGAACUGGAGCAGUUAGCAUUCAGGCUGGCAGUGCUUUGCUAGCUAAAGGUGGUAUUUGUUUUAUAGGAGACUUGGCUUCACACAAAAAGGAUAAACUAGAACAGCUUCAAUCAGUUGUGGAAAGCAGAAACAUCACAGUAUAUAUCCCAGGAAAGAAGUUUGGGGAUGGUGUUAAUCAACAAAUGACUUUUCCAGUUCAGUGCAGUUUUUGGUCUUUCGUUGAUAUGGAUUCAUCUUCAAGGAAAAAUAUGCAGAAAACAAACACUCUAAUUGGUCAGAUGGAUUGCAGUUUGAUUCCAACUAAUCUCCUAGAGGCAUUUGGAUUAUUGAUUAAGUGCAAUGAAUCAUCUCCUUGCUCUCCACUUCUUUCUACUGUGCAACAUACUUUAAAGAAAGCCAUUGAUCCUGAAGGGCAGCUUUAUGUAGCUUCUAAGAAGUUCACAACUGAAGAUUUUGAAAAGCUGCUGGCUUUUGCAAAGAAUUUGAAUGUAGAAUUCAGUUUGGAGGCAGAAAGAAUGAUUCAUGGCUAUUAUCUAGCAAGUCGAAGGAUCAGAACAGAUUCUAUAAGUGGAUCAAAACUGUCAGCAUCUGCAUUAAAAUACUUAGUUUCCCUAGCUGAAGCCCAUGCUCGACUGAACUUAAGGAGUAAAGUGCUUAAAGAAGAUGCACUGAUUGCAGCCUUAUUAUUUGAAACAUCUCUUACACUGAAAUAUGGGGCCACUGUAUUUUGUGUUGCUCCAAAUGCAGUAUUUCCAUUUGAAUUGUAUAAUGAAGAGUAUUUAGAGCAAAGGGACAUCUAUCUGACUCAGUGCCAACAGCAGCUCCAACAGUUUAUUACCACAUAUGGACCUGGGACAGCUCUUUCCACUAGCGAUGAAUAGCCAAUCUGAGGGUAUUUUCUUCAUAUUUAAGCAGUAGAAAAGUGUGAUUUUGAAGUGCUUCAGGUAAUAUUAUGUAUAAUAAUACAUUAGAACGCUAUCCUAAAUGUAUGAAAUAUGGUCUCAAUAUGAAAAACUUAUAAACCAAGCAAUGUAAAAAAAUCACUUUUAUGUAAUUCCCUCUACUUGUCACAAGAUGGCAACAACACUUUAAAUGAAAAUAUUUACCUACAAGUCCUUUUAAACCAUUUCUCAUGCACCCAUGAACUGGACAACAGCAAUUUCUAUGAACAGAAACCUCAAAUUUAAGAUUUCAUACUGUAUUAUACACUGUUAUGUCCAUUCUAUCAUUUUGGAAGCCCUAAUUAUGGAAUAAGGGAAAGCUUGGAUAUUCCCCAUUUUUUAAGCCAGGUUAAAUGAAAAAGUAAUUUAAAUCAAAUCAAAUCAAAGGGCAAGAAUUGGCUCUUUAAACCUAAAUUGGUUACAGGAAAGGUACCAAAAGGCAAAGAAACCAAUCUGCAAACUCUUUGUUUUUGGAGGGAGAUCUACUUUGAAAGGUGGGGCAAGGGUGGGCUGGGGAGAGUAAGACCAAGAAAAUAUGCUUAACUUGUAAAAUCCCCAAAUCCUUUUCAUUUUUCAAAG